AGGGGGCGUUUUGCAGGAGGCGAAGGAGGGAGCCUGGCUCGGCUGUUGAUACCUCCGUUCUAGGGAUGUGCAUGUGGAUGAGGCGAGAGGGGAGGAGCUUGCAGCUUGGGAGCUAGAGCAAACCACCCAAUGCAGUAAAAGGCUCUGGAAGCGAACGGCAGGCAGGCAGGCAAGCAAGCACAAUGCAGCACUGAGGCGGCGGCAAGAGUCCUGUGUGCUUCCCGCUAGAUGAAGCCGGGCGUGGGAGCGAUCCUCUUUAGUGACCCUUGCUGAUCGCGGGGGGGAGGCAGGCAGGGACAGACGGCGCCCCCUCCCCCGAAAGGCACCGCGAUGCGUCCCGUGGCUGCUCUGCUCUCCUUGAUGCUCUGUGCCUUUGGGACGUUCUCCGGAGCUCGCUCCAGACAUGCAGGAGACGCCUUGUUGACUGUGAUGGAGCGACGGGCUGGGGACCGUUUCAGGGAGAGGCAAAACAUUGUCCCUUUCCGGCUCAUCUACAGCACGGUCGAUGGCAACGAAACCCAACACGACGCGCCGCUCAACACCCGCAUCGGGAGCAGCUCCGAUGGGAAGCAGUCUACUCAUAUUGCCCGAGCCAGCUUCCAGGUUGAUGCGUUUGGAUCUUCUUUCAUCUUGGAUGUAGAAUUAAAUCAUGAUCUGCUGUCUUCAGAAUAUCUCGAGAGGCAUAUUGAACAUGGUGGAAAGGUGGUGGAAGUUAAAGGAGGAGAACACUGUUAUUACCAAGGUCACAUCCGAGGGAAUCCAGAAUCGUUUGUUGCUGUGUCAACAUGCAAUGGACUUCAUGGCAUGUUCUAUGAUGGAAAGCACACGUAUCUUAUUGAGCCAGAAGAAAAUUACACCUCUCAUGAGGAAUUCCGUUUACACACUGUUUACAAAUCCAGAUUAUUUGAAUUUCCUUUGGAUGAUCUUCCAUCUGAAUUCUGGCACAUGAAUACUACAUCGCAGAAGUUUGUGGUAAAACCAAGACACAAAAGAAGCAAAAGGCAGGUCCUUCAGAUCCCACAUAAAGUUGAAGAGGAAACAAAAUAUGUUGAGCUAAUGAUUGUAAAUGACCAUCUAAUGGUGAAAAAGCACCGAUUAUCGGUCGGACACACAAACAGCUAUGCUAAAUCAGUAGUGAACAUGGCAGAUCUAAUUUAUAAAGAACAGCUCAACACCAGGAUAGUCUUGGUUGCCAUGGAUACCUGGAGUACUGAUAACAAGUUCACCAUAUCUGAAAACCCACUGGUCACUCUGCGUGAGUUUAUGAAAUAUAGGAGGGAUUUUAUCAAAGAGAAAAGUGAUGCAGUUCACCUUUUUUCGGGAAGUCAAUUUCAGAGUAGUCGCAGUGGAGCAGCAUACACUGGUGGAAUUUGUUCGUUGUUGAAAGGUGGCGGUGUGAAUGAAUUUGGAAAGCCAGAUUUGAUGUCGGUUACAUUGGCACAGUCCUUAGCUCAUAAUCUUGGCAUUUUCUCAGACAAAAGAAAAUUGCAAAGCGGUGAGUGUAAGUGUGAGGAUACAUGGUCUGGAUGCAUCAUGGGAGACACUGGCUACUACCUUCCAACCAAGUUCUCCAAAUGCGAUGUUGAAGAGUAUCAUGAAUUUUUAAAUAAUGGAGGUGGAGCCUGCCUUUUCAAUAAGCCUACCAAGCUUUUUGAUCCUCCCGAAUGCGGCAAUGGCUUUGUUGAAGCUGGAGAAGAGUGUGACUGUGGAACUCCAGCAGAAUGUAAUGUUGAAGGGGGAGAAUGCUGUAGUGCCUGCAGUCUGACUGCUGACUCUCAGUGCAGUAAUGGACUUUGUUGUAAAAAAUGUCGGUUUGAAGCUAAAGGAGUUGUGUGCAGAGAAGCAGUAAACGAUUGCGAUAUUCCAGAGAGUUGCACAGGAGAGUCCAAUCAGUGCUCUCCAAACCUACACAAAAUGGAUGGGUAUUCUUGUGAUAACAAACAGGGCAUUUGUUUUGGAGGACAAUGUAAAACAAGAGACAGGCAGUGUAAAUACGUUUGGGGAGAAAAAACAAUAGCUGCUGAUAAAUACUGUUAUGAAAGACUAAAUAUAGAAGGAACAGAGAAAGGUAACUGUGGCAGAGACAAAGAAACUUGGAUACAGUGCAAGAAUGAGGAUGUGCUUUGUGGAUAUCUUCUGUGCUCCAAUAUUGUCUCUAACAUCCCAAGACUUGGAGAACUUGAUGGCGAAAUCACAACAUCUUCUCUUCAACAUUUGGACAGGUCCUAUAAUUGCAGUGGUGGCCAUGUUAAGCUAGAGGAAGAUGCAGAUCUUGGCUACGUAGAAGAUGGGACACCUUGUGGUCCUGAGAAGAUAUGCUGGGAGCACAGAUGCCUUCAUGCAGAAUCCUUUAAUUUUAGCUCCUGCCCAGGAGAUAGAGAAGGCAACAUUUGUUCAGGCAAUGGAGUUUGCAGUAAUGAAAUUCAGUGUGUCUGUGAGCAAUCAUGGACAGGUGAAGACUGUAGUAUUCCCCUCAAAGGACCACAAGUUGUUGACCAUUUCCACAAUCCAGGUGUCAUUAGCACAAACAUUAUUAUAGGUGCUAUUGCUGGUACCAUUUUAGUGUUGGCUCUGAUUUUGGGCAUAACUGCAUGGGGUUACAAAAACUAUCGAAGACAAAGACAAAUUCCUCAGGGAGAUUAUGUAAAAAAGCCUGGUGAGGCCGACUCCUUUUAUAGCGACAUGCCUCCUGGAGUCAGCACAAACUCUGCAUCUAGUUCUAAGAAGAGGUCUGCUUUUCUGUCGCAUUUUCAGAUUUCUACCUGUUCCAUCACACAUUAUUCCAUUAGUCAGAACCUUUCAUUGUUUUGCAGCAGGUCAAACGGAUUAUCUCAUUCAUGGAGUGAAAGAAUCCAAGAUGCAAAGAACCUUUCGGACAUCUGUCAGAAUGGGAGACCAAGAAGUAACUCCUGGCAAGGUAAUAUAGGAGGCAACAGAAAGAAAGUCAAAGGCAAAAGAUUUAGGCCACGCUCUAAUUCAACUGACAGGGUAUCCCAUGCUUCUGAGCCUGGGCUUUCCCACACCAACCAAAUCCCGACCCAAGGCAUAAGCCAAGGGGGUUCUCACCACCCCCAGACAGGGAAUCGGGACCACAGGUAUUUAAACCCAUGGUUCAAAAGAGAAUAUAAUGUAGCUAAGUGGGUAGAAGAUGUGAAUAAAAACACUGAAGGACCCUACUUUAGGACUCUUUCGCCUGCCAAGUCCCCAUCAUCAUCUACUGGUUCCAUUGCCUCCAGCAGAAAAUACCCAUACCCAAUGCCUCCACUUCCUGAUGAGGAAAAAAAGGCCAACAGAGCAAGUGCCAGGCUAUGGGAGACUUCCAUUUAGUUCCGCUGUCUACCUGAGCUGACACCAGAACUGUUUACUGUACUUCAGAUUUUAUACAAACUCAGCAUCACUGGGUCACUGAACAUUCACUUGCUAAUCGGACAAUUUAACAGGACAGAGAUGCUGAUCGGCACUGAGCGAACAAGUUCUCCUGAUGAAGGAAAAGUCAGUUUUCUGCAGAAGACUAGAAUUUGGUUAAUGACAAGUAAAGAACAACCAAACUUUAAGAAAUAAUUAACCUGGGCUACGUGGGACUGAAUAUGAUAAGAUUAUUCUGCAUGAUGACAGAUAAUACAUAGACGUGCAGAUAAAACUAAUUUGGAAUCCCAAAUGUGGAGUUUUUCCUGGUCUAAUAUAGUCCCAAAUAACUAAACAAACAAAAAAAGAAUUCAGAAUUUGUUAUGUAAACAUUUAUGCUAUGUGCAUGGACCCCUCUGUUCUCCACUUUCCAUGUGUAAGGGAUUAGUCAUUAUACUAUAGUAGAAUUAGCAUGCAGGAAUAAGAAAUGUAGGACUUUUCCACGAGCGGAAUCUGAAGAGGCAAACAUUUGACAUAAGCAUCCAACAACAAAGUGACUUUUUUUUACCUUUUGUGAUUAUAUUCUCAACAGAAACUCAUAUAUGUGUAAAAAGUUGUAAAAUAUCAACACUGCAAUUACAUAGCGGGUUUUUGUUGUUGUUUGAAGAACAGUGACCGAACAUCAUAUGUCAAAAAAUGUAAAAGCCAAACUAGACAUGAUGUGGGAAAUCUGUGAAUAGGAUCUUCCAUGUUUUUGCUCAAUUUCAUCUAGUUACAAGUGGAAAGAAAGGGAGUGAGAGUAAACCAAAUUAGAACAGCAGUGCUGUAGGAGGGUUUUUGAAAAAAACCUAUUUUCCCCAUGCACUGUUUUCCUAAUGAAAAUUCCUCUCAUCCAAAGCUUGCUGUGCAGGGGUUAAUACAGAUGCCUGACCCUGUCUAAGGAGAGGUACUAAGGAGUACUAAACUAAAUAGUCCAGAAUGCUGUCCAAAAUCCAGGGGAAACCCAUUUUUACAUAGCAAUCGAAUUAAAAUGGCUAAGGUGAUGAUGGUGAGAAUGGCAGAUCUGCUGUGAGUACUGAAAUCUAAGGUCAGUUCAGAUCACACUCUGUGCCAGUUCCUUGGGAGAAAAGCGUGGGCAUCACAACUCAGUCCCCUGCCCCGCUGAGUGUAUUGCCUAAUUGUGCAGGGGGCGUGGUUUGUCUGAAUUGACAUCUCCCUGCAAUUAAGUGGCAGUGCACCUGGUGGGAAGACGAGAUGUGCUCCUCCCUAAUCUGUUUAAGGGACUGGUUUGGAGUACCACACUGAAGUUCAGCUUUCUGCAACUCCAAUUUAUUGGACUUCACCUUUUAUCCUACAUGCUGUUGUAAUGCUGUGUAAAUAGGGUCAAAUAGGGAAUGUUAUUUGAAUGGGUUUGUUUUUUUAAUUACCAGAGGCCAAGCGUUGUACGAUAUGUAAAAAGACAUCUUGUUGGAAUUUUGGGAGGGCUCACCAUAUCUUCUUGGAUAGGGGACAAGCAAACAGAGGUUCCCAACCUGUGGUACUCCAGAUGCUGCUGAACUACAACUCCCAUCAUCUCCAGCUGCAAGGCUGGGAAUGAUGGAAGUUGUAGUUCAGCAACAUCUGGAGUGCCACAGGUUGGGAAACCCCUGGUGUAGAACAUGGACCAUCAGUGUGCUGUGUAAUUAUUGACUGCAGCUUGAUGGGUGUGCAUGAGCUGAUAUCUGUCUUGCAUUCUAAGGCACAGGUGGGAUCCCUCACAUGAGUUCUUUAUGAAAGACUUUUCAAAUUUUUUACAAACAUUUUGUAAAAUGCUGCCAGUGUACAUUUGUUUAUGAGAGUCAUUAGCCUAACCAUCCAGCAACUGUUAUGUGAACUAGUGGAAGAUGUGGAAAGUUCACAUCUAAAAGGGAAGGGGAAGGAAUCUUAAAAUAUAUUUUCAGAGCAAUGUUCUUGAGUGUAAAUUGUAAAAAAAAAAGUAUGUGUCAAUAAGUUCUAUAAGGUUUUCUGGCUAAUUUCAUCUCAAAGUUAUUGUAAGGUAAAAUGAUUGGAAGGGACAACAACCUAUUGUAAUGCUAUGGUAGAAAAUUCUUUUUCCAGGAUAUAUUUUAGGUAAAAUAUAUAUAUAUAGUACUUUGCAACAGCAGAAUUUGCAAUGCAGGAAUGCGGGAGCUGAGAAAUUUCUAGGGGUCCCCAAUAUGGUAUUUCCUAGUUGCAACUAGAGAAGUGGUUUGGUGAAUGCAUUGCCUUGCAGUGCCCAGCAUAAAAUGGCAAAAGCAUCUAACUGCAUGGAAAGGCUCUUAAGACUCUGCCUCAAGGCUGUUGAAAAAUGUCACCAUUAAAACGUUGCUCAGUGGUAGAGCAUCUGCUCUGCAUGCAGAAGAACCCAGGUUCAAUCCCUGGCAACUCCAUAUAGGACUGGGAAAGAGACUCCUGCCUGAAACCUUGGAGAGCUGCUACCAGGCAGAGUAGACAAUACUGAGCAAGAUGGACUGAUGGUUCUGACUCGAUAUAAGGCAGCUUCCUAAAAUCAUACUUGGGCCAAUAGCACCACCUAAUCUUUUGACAGUAUUUGAGUGGGAGCAUCCUCUAUAUUUCUGAAUCUUCUACCUCUUUCACGUAAUUCCUUCAGUGUAUGGGUUGAUGCUUGUGGCCUUCCAUCAUGUAACAGGACUUAUUUUUUAAAAGAAAUUAUGUCAAAUCUAUGGGAAGAUAAAGUUUAAGGUACUUCUGAGGAUAUCUCCAAUUGUAAAAUGAGUAAGACUUUAAAAGUAUUAUAUUUAUAAGACUUUGCUGGUUAUAUUUAUACAAUACCAGCCUUGCAGUCAUAAAUAUCCCUAUAAAAGGCAUGUUUUGGUAAGUAUUUUGGUUUGAAAUAAAUAGGAAAGAACACAAUGAGCAAAUGAUCACAUCAGAACUGUCUAAAAGACAGUUGAGUAUAUGUCAAAAACUAAUUUUUCAUAUAUUAAAUAUUGGCCAAGAACUGGAAGAUGAAAGCUAAGUUAAUAUCUCAUGCCAUUAGGACUGGGAACCUUGGUUAAAAUAAUGGCGAUCUUUCUCUAGGUUUAAGUGGAUUUUGAAUCAGUUUCUGGAACAAUUUUUCCCUCCAAGUUUAGAGUAAGUUAAAGUAAAAUGAUAAUUCUAGAGCCUAUGAUAAUUCUAGAGAAUAAUCUCUCCACAGCUUUGCAUUCUGAUUCUUGGUAGCUGAACUAUUUAGAUGUUUAUCAUGUGCCUUUUUGGAUCUUUACUUUUGAUUUCAUACAAACUGCUGUGUCAUUUGGAAUUGGUGAUGUUUUUAUUUGUCCUCCUUCAUUCCUCUUUUAUUUCCAUGCAAUAAAGAAGAGUGAAGAUUAUUUUGGCAGACAGAGCUGAAUGUAAUGUCGUGAGAACUGAGGUAACUUCAAAGCUUUUAUUUUGAAACCGUCUUUCUCCAUAGUUAAUGAUAUACACUGUCAUCUAUCAUUGUUUGAUCAUCACUAACAUUUUGUAAAUAUUAAGUCACUUAAUAAUCUAAAUGUAAAGCUAAAUAUAAUUUUAAUAAAUUUUGGCUUUUACUUC